UGUAGACGGACCCCUUUUGGCCCGCACUAACAGCCUCUUCUGUUUCCCUUUUCACGACCCAUUGGAUCGUGUGCCCUCACCGAUCUUGGGGAUCCGAAGAAAGUUCACGACCUUAUCUCGGUCACGUGCAGUAGAGCUACAGGAUCAAGCCUAAGGGGGCUUUAUCGGGCCCGGCUAUCAGAACACCAAUGCAUGUGCGAUACAGGUUUCUUCGACAAUGCGCAGAUUGUACACAGCUUUCUGCACCUAACUCAAAGUCAUCACCAUGUCUUCCAUGUCCCCCGCCACUCGCGCUGGCGAUCGGCGCCGACUUCACUACCCUCGAUCACGUAAUGGCUGCUUGACAUGUAAGCGCCGCAAGGUCCGAUGCGACGAGCAGAUGCCGAAGUGUUACCAUUGCCGGCGUCUAGGACUGGAGUGUGAAUGGAAAUACCAUGAUCCGAACACAGCUUUACUGUCGGAGGAGUCGGGCAUAGGACUCUUCGUCGAGACCAACGACGAGCCCCCGCAAGGCGGCACACGAUCUGGUUCCGCCGCCAUCUUCGACUUCAGCAGACCUGUGACUGAUCCUGUCGAGGACUUAUCAUUAUUCCAAGAUAAUUGGUUUACCGACUUUAACAACCUUUCUCCAUCAGGAUUCAGCACGCAGGAGCUGGGAUUAGUCGGCAUCGUUUUGCCCUCAACACAGCCUCCACUACAACCCCGAAGUGCGGCAGGGGCUUUGGAGGCAUCGCUGGCAUCACAACUCUCCCCCAUCCUGGAACCUGUUGAGAAUGGUCCUAGGAGCGAUUCCGUGCAAGCACUGCUCGACCGCAUGGCAGACUGUUCUCCCAUGGUCCGGUAUGCGAUGACGGCGUUCACGGCCAUCCAGAGUGAUAGCGCCUCACAGAAAGCGAAGGAUUACCGACAAUGCUAUGACAAAGCUGCAAACGAGCUAUCAGAUAGACUGCACGCAUCGACUGGCCCUUUGACAGUCGACAACGACGAACUCAGACAUGUUCUCGCCACCAUCUUCUUUCUUACAUAUGUCGAUUUUCUCACGGAUCGGCUUGACCUGGCUCAUUUGCACCUUGCAAAUGCCCACAAUGUUCUACAGGCUUUGGAGGAGAGUGCAGUAGGCCCCAUAGAGCAGAGGAUCAUCUCCUGGAUUCGGCUGUUAGAUGCCCGCGCCGCAGUAGCUGGUGGAGAAGGAAACUUGGUGAACGAUACAUCUCCGAUAGCUUCGUCGAGCGCCAGAUCGACGUCAGCAAGCGAGCCACAUAUGAGUCGAGAUUUUGCAGCCAAUACUGGACCGCGGGAGACGAUUUAUAACAUGCUCUGCCAGCCGGGAAUCGAGUUCUUCCAAGAAGUCCAGACCAUCACCGGCCGCAUCGCCAGAAUCGGCCACGAUCGCCGCAGUCGAGGAAGCGUCGAGGACGAAACCGAGGUCAUGGCCAUCGCAGCAAACAUCCUGAAAGACCUAUCCUCUUUGUACGGUCGGAGACCCGCCAUCUUGGACCAUGCUCUGUCCGAAGCGAUCGGGGUGGAUAUCCUGGCCGAGCCACUUACAUUAGCCAUUCGUCGGUCGUUCCAGACGUACGUCGCUAACUUUUACACUUGCUAUAUCCAUCUGCAUCGGGUUGCCCAUCGACACUUACCUCGCUCGAACCUGGUGAUGACAGCGAUAGGGAGGGUCAAGGACAUCAUGCAUUCGAUGGUCAACGACGGUGAAUCCAUUCCCGUCAAUAUGCUAUGGCCGCUCUUCAUGUGGGGAAGCGAAGAAGACGACGAGGAAGAGUCUCAAUGGAUCCUCAAGACGAUGCGGAGUUACCGCCACGCCGCCACCAACGCAGGCAUGGCGGCCGAGCUAUUACAAGCCGUUCGAACCAGGCAACGGGAGGCAGGCUUACGGGUCGACAUCAGUUGCGUCUGCCUCGAGCUGUUUAAAUGCAGAUUCGCAAUCAUUUGAGGGUCCAUCAACCUGCGAGAGGUGGGACUUGGUUGUGCUCUAAAAUGUAACAUCACAUUGCAAGAUCUACUUCCUUGUCGUCAGCUCCUUCUCGAUGGGGACCAUGGGCGCAGUCAGCUUCAUCACACGUUCUUGCUUCUCGGCAUCGACGAAUCUGGGAAAUGGCCGCCGACAAUG